AAAAAGGUCUGCCUUGCCGUAGUGCAGUUAAAUGAAUAGUUAUUUUCAUCUCACUCCUCGAGGCGCGCAGUGGUUCUGGAAAGAUUUCCUAGGAAUAUUUUGCAUUCUAAUGAGGAAUAUGUCUUUGUGUUAACGGGUUAUCUACAACUAUAUCCAGAACCAUUUCAAUAUUUAUCAGUUUAUCUGUCAGUUGACUUUUAACAUUGACUUGUUUUUAUUAAUGCCGGGAAACUAGGAAAAAGCUAGAGGUACAAUAGCUUUACACAGGACAGCGAUCCGACACACGGCUUGUUCUUCUGUUUUCUCCGGAGAAGGAUAGAACCAAACACAAGGCGGUCCAAGAUAAAGAGAUAUAACUGUCUCAGAAUGAAUAACAAUACUGAGAAAGAGAACGAAUCGAAUGAAUUCACCAGUCAUGAAGAGGAGGUCCGCACGUUAUUUGUCAGCGGACUACCUCUGGAUAUAAAACCGCGAGAGCUGUAUCUCCUGUUCAGACCAUUUAAGGGUUAUGAGGGAUCAUUGAUAAAACUCACCUCAAAACAGCCAGUGGGGUUUGUCAGCUUUGACAGCCGAUCAGAGGCAGAAGCUGCCAAGAAUGCCUUGAACGGUGUCCGCUUCGACCCGGAGAUCCCCCAGACUCUGCGGCUGGAGUUUGCCAAAGCCAACACCAAGAUGGCCAAGAACAAGCUGGUGGGCACUCCCAACCCUCCUCCCUCCCAGCAGAGCCCUGGCCCACAGUUCAUCAACAGAGACCCAUAUUCGCUGGCUCCCUCCUGCAGAUGGAACUCCCCAGGGAUGGAAGUCCAGGCAGUUCUGUUGAGGUUCAUGAUGUGUGAUGGUGGCCACGGUCGGCCUUGAUGGUGUUGCUGGCGGUUCUCACGUCCAAACCAGGAGGAUUCCUGACCUUGUUUACCGCACAGUGGACCGUUGGCAACAACAACCUCACGGGCCUCAGGACAUUCCAGACCCAAGCCGCCAUCACACAUCAGCCCCCCCUCCACCCCCCCUGCUACAACCCCCCUUUUUAUACUGUUACAUACUCAAGAAUUACUGAUGACACUUUGGUUCCAGUCCAAUACAUAAGACCUUAUGAUGCCUUAUGAGAAUGACAUAGUCUAACAUACAGGCUGUGUUCCAAUAUCCCUGCUAGCACAUACACUACCGUUCAAAAGUUUGGGGUCACUUAGAAAUGUCCUUGUUUUUGAAAGAAAAGCACAUAGCCGUUUCCAGCUACAAUAGUCAUUUGCAACAUUAACAAUAUCUACACUGUAUUUCUGAUCAAUUUGAUGUUAUUUUAAUGGACAAAAUUAUUUUGCUUUUCUUUCAAAAACAAGGACAUUUCUAAGUGACCCCAAACUUUUGAACGGUAAUGUAUGUAUGCUAGUGUGCUUAUUGGAACAUAACCACUAAAAACCUUCAUUGACAUAUAUCAAACUUUUUUUUUUAAUUGACAUGAGCCCAUACAUUUAAACAAAAAUUUAAAAAACGUGUGUAUUACUUUAAAAUACAUUCAAGAGUGCAAUGUUUGGCCACAUCAGUUGGGAUGAAGUGUUUCUGAAUUUAUACCUGUGUGAGUGCAAGGCCUAUGCAGGCAUUUUGAAAGUCUUAUGUAAAAGAGGAUGACCAAAAUGUUAACAGAUUAUAUUAUUAUUGAUUAUAAUUAUUACCUUUCUGUAUACCUUUCCUUAUUAUGUAUGAUUAUUACUACAUGUUGAAGCAUGACUCCCCCCCCCCCCCAAAAAAAUAAAAUGAAAAUGCUGUAAAUCUUUAGAUAUUUUAAAGAUAAACCAAAAUGUAUUUUUGUAAUCAAUCCGAUGUUUGAAAAUGUUUGAUUGUUUUCUGUGUAUCAAGUGUGUGAGUAAUACUGUUUGAGAUCCUCAGUCGUUCUUACUUCUCGUAUGAGUGCCAGUCGCCGUGUAAUGGCCGAUUGCUCUGCCACACUAAAGCAGUCGCAUCAGUUCGCAGACUUAUGCUUUUUUUUCCUAUAGUAACGAUUCUGAUUAGUCGUGUAGCUUUGUGUUAAUCCUUAAGCUUUUUUUUACAAGUGGAGACACUAAUAUAAUGCCAAACUUGUUAGUUCCUACUUGUCAUAAUACAAAAUGUACAUAAUAUUGUACUGCAACAAUUGGCUGCUCAACUCCAACCCCUGAGAGAAUUGGGCUAUGGAGUUGAGCACCCCUGUUCUACACCAAAUAGCAGCCAUUUAAUCACGGUAAAUUGAUACCAGGCUAUAAUUAAGCAAUAAGGCCUGAGGGGGUGUGGUAUAUGGCCAUUAUGCAGAGUGCCUGGAUACAGCCCUUAGCCGUGGUAUAUUUGCAAUAUACCACAAACCCCCAAGUUCCUUUAUUGCGAUUAAACCGGUUACCAAUGUAAUUAGAGCAGUAAAAAUACAUGUUUUUUCAUACCCGUGGUAUACGGUCUGGCUUUCAGGGCUCGAACCACCCAGUUUAUAAUCCAAGAUAAGCAAUUUCGGAACCAUGCCAAUAUUAAAAUCUUCAAGAGUACAGUAUCUAGUCACCGUUAAGACAAAUGUUUGUCUUACGUAUGCAAUGUAGGAACGGAAAUAGUCGGUCCUGCGUACUUGCGGCGUUUGUAAUUGCGGGACAACACUAGCUAGGAUCAACAUUCUGCAUAGCUAUUUGUAGUUCUUGUAUUGCCUCGGGUAUGUCUUGGGCUUUAUGGGAUACUUCCCAGGUCCAGAUUAAACCUACUCCUGGAUUGAAAAUAGGCUUCUAUUGGGGGACUCUAUUGAAAAUACUUUUUCAUCCUGGAGUAAGAUUUUUCUUGGUCUGGGAUACCAGUCCUGUAAAUUAAUUGUAAACCAGGACUAUACAGACAAUACUGACCAAAGGCGUGUUUUUGUAACGUAGCGAACUAGGCUAGUGGAAUUAUUCCAUCUCAACAGCUACGUAUGUAAUGCUCAUAUCCUCUGAUUUAUUUUCAAGAAGUGUGCUAUUUUUUCCUGCAUGCCUCACGUUUUCACUCAAAAUAGUAUCCUAGCAUCCAGAAAGGAAAAGCAUUUUCAAAUGUUUCUGUGUCUUAUCUAAUUAAGUGAAGAUUCAACCUCUGGUUUUGUAAAGUAUUUUUACUUAAAUCAGGGAUGGGCAACUGGCGGCCGGCCCCCCUUUUGAAGGCCCUUGGAUCCUUACCCCCCCUCCCCUCUAAACUUGUUAUCACGGUCGAAUUACUGGCAGGGGGGCCCCAUUUAUUUUGUUAGUCAGUCUCACUCAAAUAUCAUGUUAAAAACUGCAAACAUUUCUCUCCACCCUUUUGCAAAAUAUGUAGAAUUGCAGGAAAUGAGCUGUAAAACAGCUCAUUUUCCUCUCCGGCCCAUGGCAAAAUGAGGGGCAAUUUUUUUGUGUGGUCCUCACCCUUAUCAAAGUUGUCCAUCCAUGACCUAGGUGGAUGAUUGGAAUAAAAAAUAAUGUUUCCUGUUUCACCGUUGUUCGCCGAGUUCUUGGUUAAAGACUGCAAUAUAGUUGGCUAUACGAGCUCUGUUCAUUCUGUGAAGCUUUAGGGCUUAAAGCCUUCGUUCUGGUUGUUCUUCUCCUGUAAUCUCAAAAUAAAAAUAUGCAGUCUUGUAUUUUCAUGUUAUGUCCAAUAAAUGAGUCAAGGAUCUCACACAACCAAGAGUGUAAUAAUAAAAAAAACGGAUCUAAUAUGAAAGUUGGCGGGAAAAUCUAUAAGGCAUUUAAAAAUGAAACGCCGAUGUGAGCAUCGUAAAUGCAUCCAUGAAGUAAUAUUCCUUUUAACACAGACGCAAUUAACCUUCCAGUUCAUAAGAGUCACUGUGAGUGCCUAACAUAAAAUGGAUUGGCUGAUUGAUUGAUUGAUUGAACUUUAUUAGUCAUGUUAAAAUCAUGAGUUUGUAAGUGUUUUAGUGGAUGUGAUGUGAUAUAGUGAGUCCAUGGAAUAUUAAUCUCAAAAUAUCCAAAAGUCCUUUAUGAAAUUAAAUAUUACCCAAGUUUUUACAAUACUUUCCCGCUCUCACCACUUUAAAAUAUUGUAAAAAAAAUUAUAAUCCUUUUACCAGUUUGCAACGUGAAUUGACAAUAACGCUAUUGCAGGAUGUAUCUGGCAAAUGUUUUAGAAUCAUAUUUUUUGGUCCUUGAUUUAAUGAUUGUACUACAUUAUCACACAUAUCGUUAUACCCAGAUACAUGCUGGCAAACUGGCUGCAAUAGCGUUAAUGUGAUGUUAAUUCACAUUGUAAACUGGGUAAAAUAAUUAUUAUUUUUUACAAUAUUUUGUUAGCGACCCCAAAAAAAAGACAUAUCUUAAACUGGCUGUUUUCUUUGUUAUCUGACAAGAUAACAACUAAAAUAUGAUGAUAUCAUGAUAUCGUAUCUUUACUUGGUUGUAAUCUGGUUAUUUCUGGCCAGAUAACAACAAAAAAUAUGUUGUCUUGAUGAUAUUGUGUCUUUACUUGGUUGUAAUCUGGUUAUUUCUGGCCAGAUAACAACAAAAAAUAUGAUGUCUUGAUGAUAUUGUGUCUUUACUUGGUUGUAAUCUGGUUAUUUCUGGCCAGAUAACAACAAAAAAUAUGAUGUCUUGAUGAUAUUGUGUCUUUACUUGGUUGUAAUCUGGUUAUGUGAUGUCUACAACCAGGAAAACAGUUUAAAACCAGAAAAUGUCUUCAUUAUAACAUCGCAUGCCACCUUUUAACCAUUGGGAUGAUCAACUGUAAAUCAGAGUGAGAAUAUAUGAAAGAAAAGUACAUAUUUUCACCCAGUGUCACCUUUCAAGACGCAGCUGUUAUGUGAGUUGAAAUAAUCAUUCAGUAGAAUGUAAUUCCUUUGUUUGAUGUCCUGAAGCUACUGUAGGACUAAAGCUACUGUAGGACUAAAGCUACUGUAGGACUAAAUGGGUGUUAUAUGCAUGUUUGUGUAUUUUUUUAUAUUUUUUUUCAAUGCAUACUGUUGAUAUUCAUGUUUUGCCAAUGUGAGGAGAAUACAUAUUUCAGUGAAUUGCAGGGGUUGUUUGAAAUUUUUAUUGUUAAAACCAAAAAAGAUAAGAAAAGUUAUGAAAAUUAAUAUGUAAAUGAAUAUGUUCAGGGCAUCAGCCAUUAAAGAUUGAUGUUGCCA